UUUAAUGUCAGCCUACUUAAAGCUUCAGGAGAAAGUGAACUAUAUUAGACUAUAUUUUUGCAUUUAUUUUAAUUUUUUCUCUGCUGAAUGUAACUGCUCUUUAAAUUUAGUCACACGUUGAAAAUGCAUGGAAUAAAUACUCAAGAAAAAAAUACAGGAGUGACUCCUGACAGCUUAUACCUGGGGUUUCCUUCCUUGCCUUACCUGUGCUAUGUUCCUGGGGAUCUUCAAGAAGAGCUGAUUCACCUGAAAACUAAAGUCUUUCCACACUUAGACACACUUUGCCAGGCCAAAGGAACCCGCUUCACGCCAGUGGACUUGCAGCGAAGCAAACCAGAAAGCAGAGAGGAUGAAAAUAAUCACAAGCCUGAGCUUUAUGACCAGCAGCUGAAAAUCAGUUUGGAUCUCAUUGACCGCUCGUCCUUUUUCAUCUGUCUUCUUGGAUACAGUUAUGGACAGUGUCUGCCAGCAGAACAUGGAUCUCAGUCUGAUGUGGGACCACGUUCUUUGUCUGAGGUGGCGAGAAACAUGAAUGUCGCUGCAGAGGCUGGUUACCCUUGGGUCACGGAGGACGAGUAUCGCACCAGUAGCCUUACAGAGCUGGAGAUCACCAAGGCAGCCUUCAUUGACAACAACAGAAGCUGUUUCUUCUAUUUUAAAGACUGCACCCCACAGGACACAGAGGACGACAGCAGUGAUGAAACGCACAAUUUCUUACACAUGCUGUCCGCUCUAAGCCAAACUGAGAGACGCAGAUCGAGAGAUCUAAAACGAAGGAUCAUAAAUCAUUGUCUUCCUGUUCGAUUCUUUAAAAACCUUAAUGAACUUGAAGAGAUGAUAAAAGCUGACUGGGAAGGAGCCAUUUGUGCAUUUCAUGAGAAUCCAAAACAUCAAUUCUUAAGAUGGCAGGAUUCAUUUGAUCAACAUUACCAUGAGAGGCACGCUCGUGCAUUGUGUGACUGGUUUGUUCCCUCGGCGCCCGCCACAGGAAUACUGAACGCACUAAACAAAUUUACAGAUCCUGUAACCCAUAAUGCAAAAUCUGAGAAGCACUCAAGAAAUUCAGGAGCUCAUUUCACACGUGAUCUUGAACAGAAUGACAAGACAAAGAAGUCUAUCUUUCUGGUAUGUGGUGAAAGGGGUUGUGGGAAGUCUACUCUGGCGGCGUGGUGGCUGCGGUCUUUCUGCAGACAGAAUCCUGAUGUUCCAGUCAUCUCUCACUUCUGUGGAUCCAGCGCAUCCAGCACUGACAUCAGGUCUAUGCUUAGACAGUGUACUGCUCAACUUCGGAGAGCGCAUUAUGGUGAUUUUCCAGAUUUGGAUGAAGACGUGAUUGAGUUUCUGCACCUGCAUCGGGUGAUUCAGGCAUUUACUGCAGCACUCAGUCUUGGGCCUUGUAUUCUUCUUGUGGAUGGAAUUGACCUUCUGACAGAAACACUCAGACUCUCAAAGCAAGAGGUAAAGACAUUGCAGUGGCUGCCAGAUGCUCUGCCUGCCUAUUGUAAAUUUAUCAUCACAACAACCUUCACCGACCUCACUUACAAAAGUCUGGCCAGCAGGACUGAUGUCCAAAUUCUCAGCUGUCCUCGUCUCUCCGAUCCUAGUGUUCUGAGUAGCAUUUUGUGCAAACAUUUGUCUUUGCCUUACAAGGAGCCGCCAGCCAGUAUUUUGCGAAGAGUUGCGCGUAAGAAGCAGUGCCACGUUCCGGCCUUUUUAGCUCUCAUUGGCACCGAGUUACGGACAUGUGGAGUGCUGAGAGAGAAAGAGGAAGAGAUGGAGCUGUUGAAGGAGUAUAUAGAGGCUGAUUCAAUUGCCGAGCUCUGGGUGAAGGUCAUUCAUCGUUGGGUACAAGAUUACAGCCCAACUGCUCCAACAGAAGAUAUUGCUUCUUGUAAAGUCACUGAGGCUCAAACAAGCACUACACCACUCAGGGAGGAUCUCUCAGGCUGGGUGUGGGACACGCUCUGUCUUAUUCAUGUGUCUCGUGCUGGCCUGACUGAGUCUCAGGUUUUGGCUUUGCUGGAAGAUCUGGGCUACUGUGGUCAUUUGAGAGUCCAGGUUUUGGAAUGGGCCAGACUGCGCUCUGCUAUUUGGCCUUGGGUUCAGGAGAAAACCAGUGGUCUUCUGACCAUCACGCAUCAAUCACUCAGCCAGGCUAUUAACCUGUUGUUGCACGGUACAAAGGGUCACAUCUCUUACCAUCUGAUCCUGGCUAAGUUUUUUCAGAACUCCAGUUCAGAGCUCUGUAGCUGGGCAAGAAAAAUGGAAGAGAUUCCGUGGCAUUUCAAGCAAACCAGUUCAUUUAAGGAGUUGCACGACUUCCUCAGUGAUCCAGCCACCAUGGAGUUUUUGUCAAGCAGUCUAAAACAAUACCCACAGAUGACAACUGAUGUUAUAUAUUAUUGGACACUACUAAGGGAUGGAGGAUUUGACCCUGUGACUUCAUUCCAGAAUCUGAUGGCUCAGGCUUGGGAGCAUUGUAAUGAUCACAGCAGUCUGUGGAGACUGUCUUUGUUCUGCUCCAAAUUUAUGCUUUGUUUGGAUGAGAUGCAACAAGCCGAGAAGCUGCUACUGCAAGCAGAUCAAAUGUUUCAAAAGGAUGUGGAGCUGGAUAGUGACAGUAUGAGGUUACUGCUAAAAGUGCAACAUAUGCUGGCAGAGCUUUACGUUCAAAUGCAUCUGCCAAAAGACACUGAGAUGUAUUGCCACAAGGGACUUUUGACAGCCCAGUCGUUUGCAGUAGGCAGCUCAGAGGUCAAACUGAUAGUUGGACAGAUGCUUUGUCGUCUGUGUGUGGCGUUGCUGGAGGAUAGACGCAUGCAUGAAGUGCCAGGGAUUUUCAGAGAGAUCGGUUCUGCUAGAUACAUCUCUGGCCAUCCUUGUGCUGAAGGCACAGCUAUGCUGCUGAAGGCCAUUCACAAGUUGAGUCUUUGUGAGCCCAAGACUGCUGAGAAAUGCUUCGAAGCUGCUUUGUCCAGCAGGAGGCGCUGGUACGGCCACGAUCAUCCUCUGGUAGCAGAAGUGGAGGAGCAGCUUGCAGAUCUCUGGGCCAGAGCUCAAACCAGCACAGAGUGGACACAGAGGAAGAUGAUUGAAUUGUACCGGCAUGUUCUGAGCACUAAAGAGACCGAAGCUCAGAUGUUGCAACUUCCCACAAUGCAACACAACCUUGCUGUCAUUCUUAUGAAGCUUGGCAAAGUGUUGUUGCAAAGCUGCAGUAGAGUGGACAGGAGAGAAGGGCUGGAUCUGCUCCAGAGAGCUGAAGACAUAAGGAUUCAUCUCCUGGGCCCUGAGCAGCCAGUGACCCGAGACCUGGAGCUUGUUUCAAACCCUGAUAUUGCAGGACAGAAGAAGCAUGUUCUAGAGGUCAUCGGGUCCAACUCAAACAAUAAACUGUCACUAGCAAGGUCUGAAACUGCUUUCAAGGAAUCACACGGUGGGCUGCUGCAACAAUCAUCCUCUAGGUCAUGUAUAACACGACCAACUAGCACACUCCCUAGAAGCUUCUCUAGCCAAACAGCAUCACGCCGCGAUGAAACCCUAGAAAGACGAUGGAUGGCUUUCCGGGUCUCUGUUUCUCGGCCACACAGUGAUAUUAGGACUCUAAUGCAAACAGGAAACACUGGUUGGUUUGACCGACAACGGCCCCUGUCGAGAUCAACCAGGGGUCCUUCCCAGGGAGAUGCAUCAUGCAGGAGGAAGCUCUGAAACCACUCAACCAAUAGAUAAGGAAAUAUAAUUUUUCACAUAAUCAGAGUAGUCAUGCUCAUUGUAUUCCAUUCUAGUACAUUUUACCUUAGUGUUGCUUGCUAACAUUUCUAUAAAAACUUAUAUAAAGCUGCUUUUGAAACAUAGAAUGUGAAGCACUACAUAAAAAUGACAACUAUUAGAAUAGACGCAUUUUCUGUUUUCUAGUGAACAUUUUAGCAAUUUAUCCUUUGUUUGCAUAAAUUAUCUGCAUUAUUACAACGUGCCUACUUAAAGCAAUAGUUCACCCAAAAAUGAAAACGAUCUCAUAACUCAUAACUCACCCCAAGCCAUCCUACAUGUAUAUGACUUUCUUCUUUUGGAAGAAAAAAAGUCAGAGGUUUUAAAAAAUUGAUCCUGGCUCUUCCAAACUUGGU